GGGAAGCGAUGAAAACGGAUACUCGGUGUCGAAAUGAUAUUCUUUACAAGUUUACUUUUCGGCGAAACACAGGCUGAACGAUAUUAGGAGGUCACUUGUGUCGCAGAUAUUUGCUCCGGGGUCUUAUAUUACAAAAAUGAGCGGGAAAAAGAAUCAAAGUCCUCUUCGCUAACAGCGUCUCUACUCAACUAGAAUGGGUGAUUUAUAUCAUAAAGCAGCCCGCGAUAGCGUUCUUGAACUUUUAAAAACAGCUACAAAACGAGAUGCAAAUCGAAGGGAUGAGGAUGGAAUGUCUCCCGUACACUAUGCCGCAAGUUGUGGAAAUGUUGAGGCUCUGAGACUGCUAGUCGGAAAGGGGUAAGCUAAGUUUUAUGUAGAUUAUCUGAAAUGAAGAAGAACUAAACCGCAAACGAAUAAAUUUUAAAGCUAAAAGCGAAAAUUUGUCGUGUUGAAUGAGCUUUUAUAGCUGGCCUGAAAGAACGAUCAUCUUUAACGUAAAGUAGGCUUAACUAUUUUUUGUUUUGCAAUACAGGAUUAAGGGUAAAUUAAAGCUCAAACUUGGCAUCUGCCUACAAAAAACUGCACGGUGCGUUUUUAGUUUGCUCUUCGUGUAUUCAGCUUUAUAAAGCUUACUUGCCAAGCUCAUUCUAUGUACGUGUAAAUUAAACUUAAGAUAUAUUUGAUUAUCCGUUUCUUACUGUCGCGGUUAAAUUUUGUAAAUAGGCUACGUAAUUGCCUUUCCCAUUCUAAAAGCAUUAAAUAAAGGACUCGGCGAUUUUGACUGUGAAACAAUUUUAAAAAAUGUGACAAAUGUAAGUGCUUAUUUGAAAUAAAUCCUGGAACAAGUCCUGAUUUUUUUUUCAGGCUUCUAAAUUGCGUUCACAACUGCGAGGAUCAUUCUUCAUCUAAUUUUCUCAAGGUUGACAGUGCAAUUUAACGUAUUAUGUACUUAAGAUUACUUUUCGACAUAGGAAGUGUGAAGUAAGGCAGUAAACAUUCGUUUGCAAAACAAAAAAAUAAAAUAAAAUAAACAGGUUCGGUGAGUUAAUUCGAGCCUCAAUCAACGGAAUUAUUUUCAACUCCAAUAUUUACAACUUUCCAUUCUUGUUUUGAAGAAUUUUUAAAAACUGGCUUUGCGGAAAUAGGUUAACUUAACUGAAGAAAUCAAAGGGGCGUGAAAACGCAUACCAAAUUUCACCUAAUUUAUAAAAUAUCAGGAAGUCUUAACAGACCUGGAAGCUAAAACUAUAUAUAUGGAUUUUGCAAUGAUUUUUUACGAAAGCAUAGAUAACAUUGUUAAAACUUCAUUCAUACUUGGAGAUCGAAUAAAAUACCUUUGAACUUAACAGGACCUUUAAAACCCGCAUUGACGUUAGCUCAUGCUAAGAAACCCUAGGCCAUUAAAUGCCAUCAUUGUUAUCCAUAAAGUUAUCUAUAGGCUUAAAUGAUAGAAUUUGCUAUUUGAAUUGUUGGCGAUCCCAAGGUACUUAUUAAUAAUUUACCAGUUAGAAAAAACUCUUUGGGUUUCAAGAAUUUGCAUAAUGGCUCCUCUGUUUGAUAGACUAACCUCCGACAAUAAAUUCCAUAUGCCAAUUUAUUGAAGAGAUGUUAAGAGGAGUUUAUCUCUGGGGGAUUACACAUACCCCACACAUUAUUGACAGUGUGUCCCAGAAUACCCUGUCAGUCAUACUCCAGACAACCUUUUUUCAGGUCAAGUAAAACAGAGCUGUGCUCUAGCAGCAGCUGGCAGUCCCUGGAGAGUUCCUUUGCAUUUGGAUCACAUGGAAAUUGUUCGCCUCCACAUUAAUUGACGUAAUAUACUGGAACCCCUGGAUUUCAAAGCUUUGGAGCUUUCCUCCCUCUCUACAAUAGAAAAAUCACACUGCCUUGAAUACAAACUGUGUAUUUAAGAUGGACUCCCCAUCAAAAUGUUUGAUCCACUCCUGAUACCUGUUAGAAUGGCAUGGUGGAAUUCAGGGGAACAGAGUAUUCAAAAUUAUCAAUUAAAAUAUCCAAGUUUUCAGUUAUUUUCAGGGACUGAUAUUUCUUGACUGAAGUAUUUUUGUGUUGAUUACAGGGGCGAUCCCAACAGACCUAGCCAUGACGGUGCCACUGCAGUUCACAUAGCUGCCAGUUGUGGACAACUCAACUGUCUUAGCUUCCUUACAAACUUCGGUGCAAAUAUCUGGGCUCUUGACAACGAAGGGCGUACCCCACUCGAGGAGGCUGCUCUCCAUGGACACAUGGAAUGUGUGCGUCACUUGGAUGGUCUAAUUGCUAUUCACAUGAUGCGCAAUAGCAAAGAGGUAGAGAAACAAAGAAGACAUGCCAAAAAGGACAUGAUGAAAAGGGUAAAGAAACAAGACAAGAUUUUCCAGUCCAGGGAAAAUGCAUAUGAAAAAAAGAUUGCAAAGGAAACAAGAGCACGAAGCAAGUCAGAGAUUAAUGGUAGGAAAGGAACUUGGACUGGAAAUGGUACCACAAAAUCCCAAUAUCAUACUGAGAAGGCAUUCUCGGAAUUAAUUGGCAGUACAUCAGAACUGGACUUGUCUGAUGGGAAGAGUGUCAAAUCUUACUCAUCUGGGACGUUUCAGUCUGGAACUAAAAGCUUAAGAAUGAUAGGUGCAUUGCGGUCAAAAUUCAGCUCUUUGCGAAGCUCUGACAAAGAGCCAAGAAUACUUCGUCAAAGGUCAUUAGAUGAUUCUGGCCUGUUUGAGGAUAUGUCAUCAAGGUCUCCAUCACUCUUAGAUCAGCUGGAACUUAAGGCAGCUGAGAACCAGCAGGAGAAUUUGGUAUUAGAUUCCACUGAUCCUUAUGAGGUUGACGAAUCAGAUCUUGCCUUUGGUCAUGUUGUGAAAAAAUUUGAUGAUAAAGGCAAUGUUACCACUCAUGUUCAUUAUGUGCCAAAGAAUUCUGUCAAGUUGAGGAAUGGAAGCGUUGCAAGCCGCACUAGCAACAGCAGUAGUCACUUGAGCUCAUCAUUAAAUGACAUCCGAAGCUUAAAAUCUAUUGAACUUGAAGACACGUAUUCGCAGUCAGACAUGGGUGCUGAAUCCACAGACUCUAAAUCACUGGUCACCUUUAUGGCUGCCCUCAAUCUAGAUCAGUUCUCAACCUUGCUGAUCAAUGAAAGCAUUGAUCUGAAUACUUUGACAUUAUGUUCUGAUGAUGAUUUAAAAGACAUAGGGCUCCCUCUUGGCCCAAGAAGAAAAAUACUUGAUGCUGUCAAGAAAAGGAAUGAGGCUUUGAAUCACCCUGGACCAAUGAUUGACUCCAAGAUAUAAACUAAAAGUUCAGUGCAAUAUCCCAUCUUUUAGCAUAGGAGAUUCUAGACUUUUGGCUGGGGGCCAUGUCAUGUGGAUAUUACUGAUUUAGGUCAAAUUUCAUCAGAGAGCACUCGUAACGGUAAUAAUCUUUUUGGUUACUGUCAAUCCAUGUCCAUCCUUUCAAUCCAUUGCGAACAGACAACAGGAAACAGCUUCAAUGCCUAAAUAUAGUCUUAAAUAACAAAACUGGUUCAUUAUUUUUGGAAUUCAAUUGAUGAGAUUAGAUUUGUUUUAGCUUUUGAAAAAAAUGGGAAAUCCUGACAUAGCCCCUUUCAAAAUUUGAGUGUCAGUUUUCUCCUUUGGUCUGUUCAGGGAGGGUAGCUCCCUUGUGAAAGCUGUGACUUGUCAUCUUAUUUAGAGCAUCCUCACUUGGAGACCAAGGAGUAGUCAGUUGGGCUGGGAGAAAUGGAGUCACGAAAGUUUUCAAGCGUGGCUCUUCGGCUCAUGCUUGAAAACGUUCACCUUGGGAGUGACCCAACUGACUACCCCUGGGUCUCCAAAGAAGUAUUUAAGGGUGUAGAUGUUAAUAAUUAUUGUAGAUUUUGAUGUCACUUUAGGUAUUCAUAACACAGCACCUACAUUAUUUUUUCAAUUAGGCUGGUGCUCAAAGGAGUAAUAUUAGUGUGAUGUCAUACAAAAAUUGUAGACAGAUCAUGCAAAUUCAAUUCAAAUUUGGGUAGUUCUUUCAAAAUAACUAAGAGCUGACCGUUUAAGAAUCACUUAGGUACUUGUCUAGAGUCAACUAAGUGUCAAACGUUCGCCAGGUUCAGAUUGUUGGCCUUCAAAGCCCAGCUUUCACAAGGGAGUUCCCCUUCUGUUGACUUGCAUGCUCCUUAUACAGAAGAGCUCCCAGCCUAAAAAAUGUCUGUCAACUGUAGAUCAACAGUAAACUGACAGAUCACCGCCAGGUUGCAGACAGUUGGUCAAUACCAAACUUGAAUGCAGAAUAUAUUAGAUCAAAAAAGGCACAUAUUGAUCAUGAAAUUGUUAUAACAUACGUCUUCAGCUUGAACUAUAGUAAUCUUGCAUUCAAGUCACAGGUUGGCUGGCUAUAUACAUCACUUCCAAUAUUCCAGGUGAUGCUGUCAACUGUAAGUGUAAGCCAGAGACACUCAAUUCAUUGAGGCUGGCAUGUACUGUGGGCUGGUCUCAGCUUAACUUGUCUGUUUUGUGCAACUUAAAAUUUUUAAAAAAUCGGGCACCUCUCUAAGUCAGAUAGAAGACACUAUAAAUAUUAAAAACAAAAUCAGAAAAAUAUAGUACCACAAAUGAAAGAUAAAUACAAGAUGGUUUGCAGAAUAUUCAAUUUGUGUUCAGCAAGUGCAACACACACUGUAAGCAGUUGACAAGGGCACCAGGUACUGACAGGGUUCUUUUUAGAACCCAUCUGCCUUAUUUUGAGAAUAACCCACUAAACUAAGUUUACAUGGUUCAACAAAUUGGUUUCUUGAGAAAUCAAGGAAAAAGAGUCAGGGGCAAAUUACUAC